UCGGCGGCGGCGCGGCUCCGUGUGAAGCGCGCGGAAUGGGCUCAACAUGGCGGAGACUCUCGCGCUGACCCCGGUUCUCACCGUGUCUCGGUCCCGCUGCAGAGUGAGUGUCUCAGGAGUGAUUGUGGCAGCACGGGCGAGCUCGUGAAGCCCCGGUGAAGAUGAACGGAGCAGAGCUCCAAGCCUCCCCGGCCCCCCUGCCCCCUGAUCACCUGCUGCGCUCCGGAGCGGUCAUCUUCCCCGGUGCGUUCGACCAGCACGGCUGUCCUCUGGUCGUGUUCCCAGCGGAGGCUCAGGCCACACUCCCAGAGGAGCUCAGCAGAGAGGAGGUGUCCCACUUCAUACACUACUGCCUGCGCCUGCACAACAUCAGAGGCGAGGAGAGCCUGCUGUCUGUGGUUGUUGAUUUGAGGCAAGCCAGCCUCGCCGUCGCACGCUUCAUCGCUGAAACUCUGCUGUUGUUGGAGGUUUCCAGAAGGAUCGUCCACUCGGUGUAUAUUGUUCAACCAAAGAAGAAAGAUGUCCUGAAGCAGCUGGGGAAGCUCCUGACACCGAGCGGCUCCAAGCAGCACAGACCCGUCCUCUUCAAACGUGUCUUUCUGAAAGAGGUUUUUGAGCUUUCCAACUACAUCGACAGAAGCCAGUUACCGUCCAGUCUGGGUGGAUACCUCAUAUACUGCCAUAAGAGCUGGGUUGCCUUCGUUAAGGAGAUCGACGCGUUUGUGCAGGAGUUCCUGUUGGUGGUGAACCGACUGCCGUCCUGUAUCUGGACUCUGCAGGCGCUCUCCAAGCGUCCCGUCCCAGCAGACCUGGAGCGGCUGCAGGAGUUCUGCUGUGUGAACCAGGCACACUUCCAGCAGCUCCGGAGGGAUCUUGGUUUGGAUGACUUGUUGAAGCACUGCGAGGGUUUGUUGGAGAAGCUGCGUUUCCCUGAGAAAGAUCCCUGUUUUCACGCUAUGGCUGGAACGCUGCUCUACACGCACACCGCACUAGAGAUGCUCCACAACUACAACCGGAUCACCGCAGCGGUGGAGAAGGUGGAGUUGCUGUGGCAGCAGGUGUUCUCCAGAGCCCACGUCCAGCUGCAGCUCCUCCAUCUGCAGCGAGAGGCCCAGCAGAUACAGGAGCAGAUGUUUGUGUUGCACAGGGAGAAAGUCCAGCCCUACAGGAUCGAAGUGGCUAAAGACGUGCACAGAGCUGAAGAGAUCCGGCAGGAGUUUGAGGCUUCAGUAUACACUCAUGCAAUGGCGCUGGUUCGUCGCGCGGAGGACGUCAUGCACACGUUAGCGGAGACUGUUCCGUUCAGCGAGAGAAAGCCUGCGGAGCCGUGGCUAGAGGAUUUGUCCAGACUGAAGGAGAACCUCUCCUCUGCUGUUCAGCAUCUGUAUCAGACUCUGAGGACCGUGUCUGACUUCCAUCACACCUGCAACAGAUGUAAGAGCUGGUACGGUGUAGUGCUGCGCGAGAGCCUCCUGCAGGAGCUGCUGUGGAGUGGACGCUGUGACCUGUCCAGCUGCAGGAGAGGAGUGCAGAGCUUCCUCAGGAGAAACCCCUGCCCGGAGGUGCAGGAGCUGGUGAAGCUGGCGCAUCUCGCUAACGCUAUAACCGACCCGCACCUUCGGCAUACUGGCACGCAGCUGUCUCACAGAUGCAUGACUCUGAGGAGACUCUUGACCUCAGCUGGGCCCAUCCCCCUUCACGACCUUCAGCUUGCCCUCCAGUGGCAGUACGAGUUCCUCAAGGGUCACCACACGACCCCUGACAUCACUUCUCCCGAGGACGAGCGUGUUUCCUGCGGUCAUGUGGUUUCUCAGUGUUGUGGCUCCUUUGACUCCGGGUUCGAUGGAGCGGCCAGCAGUCACCUGGACAGCAGGAGCAGAAGAGAGCCGCUGCCUAGGAUUCUGGGAAAUGGAGACUCCGCUUUCAAGUCGAAACCUCUGCAUGGACAGAUUGACGAGGAGAACAUUGUGAGCGUGUCUGAUUCUGAAGACCAGCGUGAAGCGCUAGGGUUUAGUUUAAAGCGGGACUCCACUCGUGCCAGCAUUCAGAUCGUUCCCAAAAUUACCUCCGACUCUCUGAACCUUGAGAUCAAGGUGAAGCGCUCCGCUACGCUGCCCAAGAACCCCUGGCUGAGCCUCCCGAUAGAUGAUCUGGAGAGCUCUUAUACGGUCACCAUUACACCCAGCUCCUCCAGAGAGCCGAGGAGCCCCGGCCGGGCUCGAGAUCGGCCCUCUCCGACCGAGGAGCUGGGGUCCGCUCCGCACCAGAGUCAGCAGAGCUUCGAGGAGUCGGAGCUGGAUCCUGUGGGAAACGUUCUGUCCAGUACCUUAACAGAUAUCGAAGACAAGCCCAGCAGCGUGGUGGAUGGGGAUCCUUCUCUUCUCUGGGACACGUUUGAUCUUCACAAUCUCAGACAGGACUCUUACGAACGGGUUUGUGUUCUCUGUUGGGAAUUGGACGUGUCUCUCGGUGACUGGGUUCAGAGAGAGCAACAAGAGCUGAGAGAGGUGGAGGAGACUUUAGACAGAGCAGCUGAGAUACUACAGGAGGAGGAGAAUGUGCUUGCACAGGAGGUGGUGCUGGAUGAGCUGUUGAGGUCAGAGGACUUGCACAAACACUGGCCCUUAUGGACUGAAGGACACCAGCUCGAUCCGUUGCCAAAUGCAUAG